UGCUUCAUUCGCAUGCAGAGUGCAACCUGGCAUACAUGCAACCUCUGAUGUGUCAAGCCACAAGCACUAUUUUGUGCUAUAAAUAAAGACAUUUUCCUCUGGGAACUCCACCUCAACACAGAAGUAACAAUUAGUGUUGGCUUCUUAGUACUAACCAUGGGUUUUAAGUUGUGUCUGAUAUCCUUAAUUUCUCUUAUCUUUCUUCAUGGAUGCAUUGCCACCAGGUUGCAGGACCAACAAGAAUGCAAUUUUGACCGUCUGACCGCUAUGCAACCUGCCACCAGUAUUGAAGCAGAGGGGGGUAAGACCGAGUUCUGGAGCCCGGAUACUAAGCCGUUUAGGUGUGCUGGUGUGGCUUUCCUCAAACACACUAUUCGACGUCAAGGCCUCCUUGUGCCUUCUUAUGUUAACUCUGUGCUCAUGGUCUUUGUCGAAGAAGGCAGGGGAUUUUACGGAGUUGUGCUUCCCGGUUGUCCUGAGACUUUCCAAUCACCUCAGGACCAAAAGGGCGAGAGAAUGAGAGACAGGCAUCAAAAGAUCGAAAACUUCAAGAAGGGCGAUGUGCUUAUUUUCAAAGCUGGAAUCACACACUGGAUGUACAACAACGGUGAUCAAGACAUCAAACUUGUGGUCAUGUUUGACACCACCAACAGAGCGAAUCAGCUUGACAGUAUUCCCCAAAGAUUUUAUGUACUAGGAAAUCCACAAGGACAAAUGCAGGGACAGCAGCAACAACAACCCUUGAUGCAGCAAUUCCAUGGGGACAGUAUUCUCAAAGGCUUCGAUGCAGAGUCUUUGUCAGCGGCAUUCAAGGUGAACCAAGAGAUGGGAAGGAGGGUUCGCGGAGAGAAUGUCAAACAAGGCCACAUCAUCACAGUCCAGAAGGAGCUUCAAGUAGAAAGACCCCAAAAACAAAGCCAACCAGAAGAUAGGCAAGACAACGGCAUCGAAGAAACCAGCUGCUCUGAAAACCUCAGAAUCAACAUUGACAAGAUGGACAUAGCUGAUAUCUUCAACCCACAAGCUGGACAAAUAACCUCUCUCAACAGCCACCAUCUCCCCAUCCUAAGCCAAGUCAAACUCAGCGCCGAAAGAGGCCUUCUCAGAAAGAAUGCUAUGAUGGCACCCCACUGGGUCUUAAACGCCCACACCAUCAUCUACUCGACGGAUGGAGAGGCAAGAAUCCAGAUUGCAAACAACCAAGGGAAACAGGUGUUUGAUGACCGGGUGCAGCAAGGACAGCUAGUGCUGGUGCCACAGAAUUUCGCGGUGAUGAUCCAAGCAGGAAACCAGGGAUUCCGAUGGAUUUCAUUCAAGACAAAUGACAAUGCCAUGAUCACUCCAAUUGCAGGCAGGAAUUCAGUGUUCAGGGGGUUACCGGUGAGUAUCUUGGCCAAUAUUCUGCAAAUUUCAGAAGAGCAAGCAUCAAAGCUCAAGUAUAGCAACGCUGAGACUAUUCUGUUCGUCCCCCCGCAACAACGUUCUCAGGGAGAAAGAUUCACUAGCGCUUGAGAGAAGUCUUGAAGAGUUGUUUUGUGUUUUGUUUUGAAUAAAGACAUAAGCAUGGUUGUGCUUAUGAUGUAUCCGAGGUUAAUACAGAUAAGGGAGUUAUAUUUUUA